AUGGUAAAGUUCUCGCAUGGCUGCUGGCAUCCAGCGCCAGACACUCUCAUCGACUGGGCUGUUGAGACGGUUGUCGCUGAAACUCGCAGCGAGGAACUGCAUUUUGUCACACUGUUUCCUGGAGGAAAGCCAGGCCGUACAUCUGCUGUCCACACCAGCAAAUCGGCAGAGGGCCUGAGCCUGGAAGAAGGCAGUCUUUCUGCGUCUGUGGAUACCCGCCCAAAGUCGUUCGAUGUCAGCUUCCAUGCAAAUGGUAGGCUCCUCACCAAGCUGGGCUGGCGCUCAAUUGGCUAUGUCAAGCAGGGAACAACAGCACUGCACCCUAGAGCAAGCUAUCUUGACCCCAACAAGGGCCAGAGAUGGGUGACUUACCAGCUGCAGCUCGGGGUUGGUGACAAGGUCUACGGUCUAGGCGAGCGCUUCGGGCCUUUCGUCAAGAAUGGACAAAGCAUUGAAAUCUGGAACGAAGACGGCGGCACUGGCUCAGAACUGACAUACAAGAACAUCCCCUUCUUCGUCACCUCUGCUGGAUACGGCGUCUUCAUCCCUACGUCGAACUUCAUCUCUUUGGAGAUCCAGUCUGAGCGGACAACGCGAGUCAACAUAUCUGUCCCUGGAGAGUCUCUCGCAAUGUAUCUGAUCUACGGUCCAGACCCAAAGUCUAUUGUAGAGCGAUAUACGACCAUUACAGGCAAGCCGGCACUCCCUCCUGCGUGGACGUUCGGGCUCUGGCUGAGCACCAGCUUCACAACCGAGUAUGACGAAGCUACUGUCACAUCCUUUCUAGAUGGGAUGGCAGAGCGUGGAAUUCCUGUUAGCGCGUUCCAUUUCGACUGUUUCUGGAUGCCCGGGUUCAAGUGGUGUGAUUAUGAGUUUGACAUAGACUACUUUCCGGAUGCAAAGGGGCAGCUGGAACGCAUUAAGAACCGUGGAAUACACGUACGUGGUUAUUGCCUGAAUACUUCAUCAGCACUGACCGAAUGUAGAUUUGUGUAUGGAUCAAUUCCUACAUUGCGCAAGAGAGCUCUAUAUUCGAGGAGGCUGCAGAUAAGGGCUAUUUCCUCAAGAGAAGAGACGGCAGCGUGUGGCAAUACGACUUUUGGCGCUUACACUGGAGACCAGCAAGCCGGCAUGGGGUUUAUUGAUUUCACCAACCCAGAAGCCUGUGACUGGUAUCAGGGCAAGCUUCAAGCACUGAUUGAUAUAGGCGUCGACUCUUUCAAGACCGACUUUGGCGAGCGCAUCCCUACAGGCGACGUUGUAUACUUUGACGGUUCUAGUCCCGAGAAGAUGCACAACUACUACUCCUUCCUCUACAACAGGGUCACCUUCGAAGUCCUGGAGCGGAAUUUCGGUGCGAACAAAGCAGCUCUCUUUGCUCGCUCUGCAACAGCCGGUUGCCAGCGAUUCCCGGUGCACUGGGGCGGCGAUCCCUACAGCACGUUCGAGGCCAUGGCCGAAACCCUUCGCGGUGGAAUGAGUCUGGCACUUUCUGGCUUUGGCUACUGGGCUCAUGACAUCGGUGGGUUUGAGGGCAAGCCUGAUCCUGCUCUGUUCAAGCGGUGGAUUGCAUUUGGGCUAUUCUCCAGCCAUUCCCGGCUACAUGGCAGUGGUAGCUUUCGAGUCCCUUGGUUGAUUGACGAGUCUGGUGAAGCGGACAGAGCCUUGAAGCACUUCGUACACGCUAAGCACUCGCUCAUGCCAUAUCUCUACUACAGCGCUAUUGAAACACACAAAACUGGAGUCCCCAUGCUGCGUGCACUAUUCAUGGAGUACCCCGACGACCCCAUAGCCUGGUAUCAGGAUAUGCAGUAUUUCUUGGGCGAUAGCCUGCUGGUUGCACCGGUGUUCAAUGCGGAGGGCGAUAUCCAAUACUACCUCCCCAAGGGAGAUUGGUAUGGUAUCCUAGACGAAAAGAUGCGCACUGGUGGUGGCUAUUUGACCGAGAAGCACGAUUUCUUCUCUCUGCCCGUACUCCUGCGUCCGGGCCGUGCUAUAUUCCGCAGCUUAAGCACGGACUUGGGCGGCGUGGUCUACGACUGGAGCAAGGACGUGAUACUCCUGGUGAACUGGGUGCAGGGAAUGGACACGACAGCUCGCAUUGCAGACUUCGAGAGCUCUGGAGAGGUGAAGCUGGCGCUGAGAGUCCGCGACACAGAUGAAGGAACCACUGCUGAGGUUAUACAGGGCAUCAUUGCUACACCCAUGCAGAUCAAGGUGGUGAAUAAGCGUAUUGAGUCUGCUGAUGUGGAGGUUGUUGGCGAUAGUAUCCUCCGUGUGCAUGAGGGAGUCUCGCUCGUUUCAUUCACACUGAACUAG